AUGAUUCAGUGGCUCAAGUCCACUGACGCCAACCUCACCUUCAUCGGCGAACCAAUUCCAGGUGUCAAUGCGCCCGAGGGUCUUGUCUCGCGCUCCGCGCAGAACACGAUAGUCACGUACUGCAGCCACCGCACCGACAACGUCUGCGGUGGCGGGUGCACCGUGUAUAACGGAGGGUCGACGUGCCUCAGCACGCCGGGCACGAAUUGCCUCGCCGCUAUGAACAACGUCGGUUUCUGCGACCGCGGCGGAUGCGGAGGUAGCUGCCACCAGCUCUCGACUUGCGGGACUGAGCUGGAUAACGGUUACUGCUACACGCCCGGCACUGCGUCGAUCCUCGUUGGGAAUUAUUAG